AUGUCGCGCCAGGCUCAGAACCCCGAUAUCACGCUCUUCUUCCUCGGGGCCUCGCGCGCCAUCCGCAUCGCCUGGCUCCUGGAGGAGCUCAACCUGCCGUACCAACUGGUGUCGUCGCCUCGGGCAUCCAACGGGCUCGCGCCGGAGGAAUUCAAGGCCCAGAUCCCCACGAGGAUGGGGAAGAGCCCCGUGGUCACGGACGGGGAUUUGGUGGUCCAGGAGAGCGCGGCGAUUGCGGAAUACCUCUGCGAAACAUACGAUCCUCAGGGCCGCCUCCUCCCCAAGGAGCGCCGCGCCCGGGCAAAAGUGAGGGAAUGGAUGGCUGCCGCCGAGGGGACAUUCAUGAUCCACGCUCUCGCGAUCCUCUACGCACGCUGGCGCCUCCCGAAGCCUGCGUCUAAAUACCUCCCGGAGAUGGAAAAGGGACUGGCCCCCAACGUGCACAACGCCCUGAACUGGCUCGAAUCCGAGCUGGCAGAUGGGAGACGAUACCUGGUGAGCCGCGAAGGCGAGGGCGAGGGCGAAGCUGCAGCAAGCGGAGGCGAUGACGAGUGCGCCGGAGAACGCGACGGCAAAGGCAGGCGCGGCGUGGCCCACGACGGCGUCUCAGCAGCGGACAUCUUGAUGGGCUUCAGCAUCGACUUCAUCUUCGCGAGGAGCCUGGGCACUGAAGGCGCGGAUUGGCCAAAUGUGCGGAGGUGGUUGCACGGCAUCAAGCAACGAGAGGCAUAUACCAGGGCGGUCAAGAAGACGGGGUAUUCUCUCUAG